AUGAUUAGAAAGUUGAUUGAAGAGGUUUUCAGUGGUUUGGAAAAAGUUUCUGGGGACAAUAUUGAGCCUUUUCAGACAAAACUUAAGAGUGUCGAGCAACGAAUUACCGCCUCGUUUCAAUUGGCCAAAAAGUCUGCAGGAAUGCGUCCGAUUCUACAAAAGCUUGGACCAAUUGUUAAGACUAUGACUGAUUUCACCCAAACGUGCCAUAACAUUGUUGAUCCAUUAGAAAAUAAUAUUUUAGAUGUGCUUUUUAAAACGUCAGAUUUUGUUGACAUUUUUGAACGAAAACUGAAACAUUACGGUGAAACUGUUAGAGAAGUUUCGGAGGAAAUAAACGCAAUCGUUGACAGGGUAACAUCGUUUCUUUAUACGGUACAGUUACGUCAAAAAGGAUUGGAUAUCAGGAAGUACCAGUACCAACACUGUUCUGCAGAAGUUUGCCUAAGAUUACUACGAAGAUCUUCAGCGCUCUAUCUCGAGAAAAUAUUCUUGUGGAAGUAUCCGCACUUGGAUGAUUUAUCUUCGCUGUCAAAAACUGGCAAGUGGCUUGUACCAGGCCUCUUUGAUGAUUACAAGGUACGUGGUAUUGCUCAACUGUCUAAUGAUGAAAUACUACUGGGCAUGCGUGGUGUGGUAGCUAAUGCGGAAAAAGCUUCACUUUUAGUGGUAGUUGAUAUAACAUCGUCAAGUGGCAAAAUCCUUAAAAUACUCCAAUUAGAAAAGAAUGGUGUGCCUUUUCAAGGCGAAAUGGGUGGUGUAGUGGUGGUCAAAUCUAUUAUUUGUAUAAGUAGUGGUGACAGUCUUUACGGUGUUCGCUUAUCGGAAGUUCGUAAUAGCAUGUCUUCGAAACGUCCUUCAACCAUCAGAACUAGUAAAACAAAAUCUCUUCACUAUCAAACCAUAUCAAUUUCAUAUGAUGACCGCGAUAAUAUAAUUUGGGUUUUGGGAAGCAAUAAAGCACAAAGCUAUGACGUCAGUCCAUUUGGAGAUAUAUUGCUAGAGAAAAAUUCCAUCAUUACUGAGGAACAUACACGUGGAUUUACUAUUGUGCGACAGUAUGGUAUCAAAUAUGCAUGCGUUGCCAAGUGCACCUUAGCUGCAGGUUUCCAGUGCCGAUUGGAAUUCCACAAAAUCAGCGAAAGAGUUCUCGACGACUCAACUCUUCUAAGGGUUGUGCGAACACCCACGGGUCUGGAGGCGAUCCAAACAGUCGACAUAGAGCACGUCGUCGCGGCGUUUUCCGCCGGAACAUUCUCGGAAAAAGACAAAAUUCAACGUAUUGGGGGAGAUUUUGAAGACCGAUAUUUUAAGUUCAAAGUGCCGGUUCUAAAAACAGAGUUUUCAAUAACCGAGAAUUGUCUUUAUUUCAAAGUGGGAUGGGAAUGGCUAAUCCCUCGCCAGCGUUUAUUUGCAUUUGGUGAGAUGAAAUGCGGUACCCGUAGAAAACGACGUGCUCUAGAAAACGCCGUGGAUAAAGACGUAUACACAGAAGAACUGGAAAAUUAUCGCCGAGUCCGACGACAAACAACUGAAGAAAUGCCUUGUAUGUGGGAUAUCGAAGGAAAACCUUUUACUG